CUCCCUGCGGCCAAACUCGCCAAACUCGCGCCCGAAAACGAACGAUAUAUGCGAGCAUGUGCCGAUGUAGCGAACUGGCUGGUCGAAGAUUUCGAGAGGUCGCAACAGAGUGGAGAGAAACCAAAGGACGUCAACCUGAACUCUCUGCGCAGUCAGAUGGCAAAGAAGCACUUCCUCUCACGACAACCGCCUUUGACAGACAUCAUCGCUGCGGUACCCGAACAGCACAAGAAGUACAUUCUUCCAAAGUUGAUCGCGAAGCCAGUGAGGAGUGCCAGUGGUAUCGCGGUCGUAGCUGUGAUGUGCAAGCCGCAUAGAUGUCCACACAUCGCAUACACAGGCAACAUUUGCGUGUACUGUCCGGGCGGACCGGAUUCAGACUUCGAAUACAGCACACAAUCAUACACAGGAUACGAGCCGACAAGUAUGAGAGCCAUCAGAGCCCGAUACGAUCCGUUUGAACAAGCUCGAGGACGAGUAGACCAGAUUCGCAAUAUGGGACACAGUGUGGACAAGGUGGAGUACAUUAUCAUGGGAGGGACAUUCAUGUCCCUGUCUCCCAAGUAUCGUGAGGAGUUCAUCUCUCAACUACACAACGCCCUAUCUGGAUACCAAACGAAUGAUGUGGACGAAGCUGUCAUGGCGGGCGAGCAAAGUACAACGAAGUGUAUUGGAAUCACAAUCGAAACACGACCGGACUACUGUCUACCGCCACAUCUUACAGACAUGCUUCGUUAUGGCUGCACGCGUUUGGAAGUCGGUGUUCAGUCGCUGUACGAGGAUGUCGCUAGGGACACGAAUCGAGGACACACCGUGAAGGCCGUCUGUGAGACGUUCUGUCAGGCAAAGGACGCUGGAUUCAAGGUCGUCUCACACAUGAUGCCAGAUCUUCCCAAUGUUGGCCUCGAACGCGACCUUUUCCAGUUCCAAGAAUACUUCGCCAACCCAGCUUUCCGUACUGACGGUCUGAAGAUCUACCCAACACUGGUCAUUCGAGGCACAGGACUGUAUGAGCUGUGGCGAACAGGUCGAUACAAGAACUACACACCCAACGUGCUCAUCGAUAUUGUGGCACGCAUUUUGGCACUCAUCCCACCUUGGACGAGAAUCUACCGUGUACAGCGUGACAUUCCAAUGCCGCUUGUCACAUCAGGAGUCGAGAAUGGCAAUCUGCGAGAACUGGCGCUGGCUAGAAUGAAGGACUUUGGUACCACAUGCCGUGACGUACGGACUCGCGAAGUAGGCAUCAACGAAGUGAAGCACAAGAUCCGGCCGAACCAGGUCGAGCUCGUACGGAGGGACUACGUUGCGAACGGAGGCUGGGAGACUUUCCUGGCGUACGAGGAUCCAAAGCAGGACAUCCUGAUUGCGCUACUGCGGUUGCGAAAAUGCAGCGAGAAGUACACAUAUCGGGAGGAGCUGAUCGGCCAGCCAUCGAGUCUGGUCCGCGAACUUCACGUCUAUGGCUCUGCUGUGCCGAUUCACGAGCGUGUAAAGGGCAAGUCGCAGCAUCAGGGCUACGGCACUUUGCUCAUGGAGGAGGCUGCGCGGAUCGCCAGAGACGAGCAUGGAUCGAGAAAGAUUUCAGUCAUCUCAGGCGUUGGCGUGCGAGGUUACUACAAGCGGUUGGGCUAUUGGCUCGACGGACCAUACAUGAGCAAAUGGCUGGAUGCUGAAGCGGAGGACAGCGACGACGAUUGAGCAAUGCCGACUGUGGAAGGAGCCGAAAAUGCUUGCCCUACAGCGGCGAGAACUGUGUCAAUGGGCUGAAGCUUUGAUGGACAACGUUGA